AUGAGGCCCCUCACAGAACCAGAGACCAAGACUCUUUUCGAGAAGCUUGCGACGUACUGUGGAAAAGGCAUAUCCAACCUCAUCGCUGACCCCACGGGCGGUAACGAUCGCAAUGUCUUCCGCGUCCAGGGCUCACGUGUCUACUAUGUCCGCGAAUCUCUCGCCAACUUUGCCACAUCUGUCGCACGCGACAACCUACUCUCCCUCGGAAUCUGCCUGGGUAAAUUCACCAAGACGGGCAAAUUCCGUCUGCACAUCACAGCGCUGAGCGUAAUCGCCCCGCACGCGCGAUACAAGGUGUGGGUUAAGCAGAACGGUGAGAUGCCGUUCUUGUACGGCGGCAACGUGCUCAAGGCGCAUGUGGGACGGUGGAGUGAGGACUGCCCUGAGCACCAAGGUGUUGUUGUGCUGAGUAUGAAUGACACGCCACUGGGUUUCGGUGUGAGUGCACGAUCGACGGCCGAGGCGAGGAAGCUGGACCCUACAGGUAUUGUCACGUUCAGGCAAGCGGAUAUUGGGGAGUACCUGAGAGAGGAAGAUACAUUGUUCACGACUUGA